AUGAAUCUCUCUUCGGAUCACCACAGAACAGAGCUGCAUUUUUUCCACUUGCUGCCAUAUGAAAAUGGAUCAGUGGGCAGUGCGGGGAGGUCGAACGGAGACUUCCUCAUGCAGGACAGUGGCGAUCUGGAGAGGCUUCUCCUUCUGACGAUCAAGGAGCCCACUACGAUCGCUCUCACCGUGAUGUACUCGCUGUCCUUCGUGGUCGGUUUCGUCGGGAACAUCAUGGCCAUCAAGGUGCUGACCAGCAAGAGGAGCAAAAGGCUGUCAGGCGUCAGCGCCACCCGGAGCCUCCUGAUCAACCUGGCCGUGUGCGACCUGAUGGUGGUGUGCGUCUGCAUGCCCAUCACGCUCGGGCACAAGAUCUACACUGCCUGGGUGUAUGGAGACUUCCUCUGCAGGGCCGUGCCCUUCAUCCAGGCCGUGUCCGUGUCGGCCAGCGUCCUCAGCCUGACUGUAAUCAGCGUCAACAGGUACUACAGCCUGCACAGCCCCCUGAGUGCCAGGUCCUUCUUCACCUGGAGGAAGAUCUUCUGGACCAUCGUGGUGGUGUGGGUCCUGUCCUCUGGCAUCUGCAUGCCCCUCAUCUUCAUGAACAAGAGGGACGAGAUCCGGCUGAUCGAGGACCUGCCCUUCGUCUUCCCCAUCUGCAGGGAGAUCUGGCCUCAUGCCAGGCUGAAGCAGGCCUACAACGUCCUGCUCUUCGUCACCCUCUACUGCCUGCCAGUCACCUUCAACCUGAUCAUCAGCUUCCUCACGGGGCGGAAGCUGUGGAGCACAUCCCGCCACUUCUCUGAGCUCGACACGCGCAGCCAGGCCGUGCACUCCUCGCGCCUGAAGACCCGCAAGAACAUCGCCAAGAUGGUCGCGGCCCUGGUCCUGCUGUUCGCCGUCUCCUGGCUGCCGCUCUACGUGGCUGACAUCUGGAUCGACCGGGAGGAGCGGCCCCCGCCCUGGAUCCUGCAGCUGCGGCCCUUCGCCCAGUGGCUGGGCCUCACCAACUCCAGCCUGAACCCCAUCUGCUACUGCUUCAUCGGGGACCUCUACCGUUCGGCCAAGGUCAUCAAGAGCAGAUACCACCAGAGGCUCAUCUCAUUCUUCAGCUCCUCUUUCUCGGAGGAGCCGCCCGCCUCCACGCCCCUGCCCAAGCUGCUCUCCUUCAAGUCACAGGCUGAGGUGCAGAAGGAGACAAUCUGUGAGGUGACAGAGGAGGACUUCUCUGACUGGUGCCCUAACAGCAACGCGCAUGAGGCCCCUCCCACUUCCACCCAGCAAGUGUCCCUCCACAUUCUCUCAGUCAGGGCAGGCUCCAGGACCACUUCUGAUCAGACAAGCCUCUAG